AUGUCUUCCCAAGAGCUACUAAGAGAUGAACUGGACCUCACUGGCAACUUGGCUGAUGAAGAUAAUUGGUACAUAUAUGAACCAAUAGGAAACGCCAACGACAUGGCUCCCAACAUUAUCCCCGAUUGCCAACUGACUGUCCCCUUUGAUCUCUAUCACUGCUGCAUGGCUCCGAUUUCUCUAGUUACGCUCGCGAUUCUCUCGCUGUUGGUAAAAAGGAAGAAACUCUAUCCAGAUUUUUGGAACGGAGUACCUGGACUAUUGAGCCCUAUGAAUUUCUUGGAAGACACGCAGAACAAAGGAUUGGCCAUUGCAGUCUUUGGCAUACUCUUCUCUUCGUUGUGUGUGCUGUUGUUAGACAAUGACCCCCUGCCUUUCAUCUCCAACUCUUCAGUACAAAAUCGAGAGUACUGGAAGGUGCUGGCUUUAUUCUAUUAUCCUGCCUUCUAUUAUCCCUUAUUGGCAUGCGCUACUGUUCGACACAGAGUUGGAUACCUGCUUGGCUGCCUUCUGUCCUGGUGUCACUGUGUGCUCUACAUCUGGCAAAAGGUGGAAUGUCCUCAGUCAUCCAAGAUCUACAGAUAUUAUUCCCUGCUUUCUUACCUGCCUAUCAUUCUGUGCCUCGCCGUGCUGAGCCUUUGGUACCCCGUAAAAUUGGUCGAGAGCUUCAAAAGGGACGCCAGGAUGGCGACAGAGAAGGACCCCGGAAGUCGCUAUUAUGAAGGCUAUUUGAAGCACAUCCUGGCUAAAAGAACACCCAAGAAAAGCAUCAAUGGAGUGAAGCCAAGCAUGCGUUCAAGCCUCCAAUCCUACCUACGUACAUUUGUAUACAUACCCCAAGAAGGUUUCCAGAUCCCAUUGAAACUGGUCCUCUCUCUAGCCAUGGCUGUGAUAGCUGUCUACCAGGUGUCCCUUCUUCUACUUGCAUCCUUCAUCCCCAAUAUCCAGAUCAUAAGAGCUGGGAUGACCAAAGAAAUGACUGCACUCUUUGUCCAGUUUGGUCUAAUUCCUUCUGAAAAGCCUGCCAGUAUUCCGGGAGACAAAGAGUUGGCAACGGCUAAGCACUACAUCUGGUCCCUGGAAGUGUGCUUCAUCACUUCUCUGGUCCUCUCCUGCCUGGUGACCUUCUGCAUGUUAAUGAAAUCCUUGGGAAAUCAUAGGACUAACCUCCAGUGUCUCUACCGAGGGGCUGUUGAAAAUGUUUUCUAUCGUCCCUGCAAACUCCAACCUUCCCAGCAGUCUCUCGUAUGCUGGAUGCAAUUCACGGGGUUCCAGAUAUCCUUUGCUUGCCUAGCUCUUUUCAUCCAGCACCUUGUCUUCUUCAUUUGCAUCGUGUGUUUCACCUUCCUGAUCGUUGUCCCACUGCAGUCUGGCAGCAACAUGUUUCUUUUCAAAAUUGUGAUGAACUUGUGGCCCUUUUGGUUGACCUUGGUUGUUUCACUCAUUGUCCAGAACCUGCUGGUCCGCUACUACUUUCUGGAACGGGACCAUCUACCCAGGGAGUUGACCAAUAGGAGAGCGUUUUACAUCGUGACUUACAUGUUUUUCCCUAUCAAUGUGCUCCUGGGCUUAAUGGCGGGAAUCUGGAGACUGGUCAUCUCGGCCCUUUAUAAUAUUGUUCAUUUCUGCCAGUUGGAUGGGAGCUUGCUGAGCCGUGGGGUGGAGGGAUUUGAUCCAGGCCACCGUACCUACUGCCAAUAUUUGAAAAUCGAGGUCAGCCAAUCACACCCAGCAAUGAAAGCCUUUUGCCUCUUGCUUCUCCGUUGGCAAAGUGCCCAAAAUAUACAGACCCUCCAACUCAGAGACGCCGAAGAAGGAAUCAAACUCAUGAAGACCACCAGUUCAUCACCCAAAGCACCAAAGGGCCAACAGAACCGGGUGCGAUGGCGCCUGGCCUACACCCUCCUCAACAACCCUUCCCUGUUGCCCUAUCGCAAAGGGGCCCUUGUGGAUGCGACAGUCAAUGAGACCAAGGCCAGCCUCACCAAGCCUUGAUGGAACCGGCAACGUUUCUUGGAAAACAAUGGACUCCCAUCCGGUGAUAAUGGAUGGAUUCCAUCACGAGUUUUCAACUGGGGUUCUUCAACUUCUUCUCCGUGCCUCUUUCAGGCUCGUGUGUCUAUCCCGACCUCUUUGUAGACUUAGAAGAUGACAAGAGGCGUAGCUGUCCUCCUUUCCUUUCCCACCC